GAUCAGGAUUUACAUUAUUAUGACUGUCCUCUCAGCCAGGCCAUGCAGACCAUACCGUGAUUAUGGUUUACAUCUCUGAUGUUAACUUUUUGGGUUUUUUUUCAGGAGUUAAUAAUUGUAAACUCUUCCCCCUCACCCCUCCUUUAGUUUGCAAUGUAACUAUUACAGUUAGUUCCCUUGUUCAGAUUAUACAGCUCUUCUCAGUACCAUCAAACUAUUAGAUAAUGACUCUGGUUGUUGAUCUUUUACCUAGCUCUCCUGCAAACCCUCAACCUUCUGGUCCCAUCUGGACUGGUUACCCAGCAGGCUGCUUGGAUAGCUAUCAUCCUGGGAUUCCCCAUCACCAUCAUUCCGGGAAUUCCCUCCAUUUCUUUUUUCUAUUGGAUUCCUUGUGCUCUGAAUUCCAUGCUUGCUUUAUCCUCAGUUUAUUUCUUGUUUUGUUGGCAUUGAGAGCAACUUCUGAGAUCUAACAUGGGCAGGAAAAUUUGAGGUUAUUGCUUUUGUGGGGAGGACAUUCUCUGUUCUUCUCUUUCCACUGCCCAUAUAAAGUGCUGUCACAAGUCUCUGCGUGUAGAAAGUAUUAGCUGCCUCUGCGUGCCUGGCUGCUUUAGUUCAACUAAGUAGAACACAACUAAGAAGAAACAGCCUUUGCUCCUAUGGCAUUGCCAGUAAAUCUUUUUUUGUCCUCGGAAUGUCUUUGGUGACUGGGUAAUCAAUGACUGUUAAGAGCCAGUUCUUCUUAAAGUUCAUGUAUCAAUUUGACUAAAUGCUGACCUGCUUGCCCUGGUCCUUCACUUGGCAAGCAGAGACAUAAGCAAAGUGUGAGACAUAACAGCAAGCCUGCUCCUGGGCUGAAAGUUGUUCACCCAGCAGUAAUUUACUGAGUACUUGUUGGCCACAGGGCUCUGGGUGGGGUGAGAGAGGACUUCUAAGUAAGAUUGUCCUUCUGAAGCAGGUGCCCAUCUUAGAGGGAUGCUGCAGGAACUGUGGUGAGCACCAUACAAGGCAUUAGGGAACAUAGAAGUAGAAGCAACUGAUUGUAUUGGUGCAUUCAAGAAAGUUCUAUGAUGACAUUGAAGAUGGUCAGAAUAUUCUAGUCAAAGGCAUAAAGCACACUCAAACAUGACAAGUCUAGAGAAAGUGAAAGAAAGGGCUUUCCCAUUGUUUUGGUGUCUACUGUGUUACUAUGGUUUUAUGUCUCAUUUAAUCCUUAUACCAGCACCCUUUGGGGGCAGGUGCUGUUGCCCCCAUUUUAUAGAUAAGAAAAUUGAAGUUUAUAGAAGUCAAACCAUCUGCCCAAGUUGAUGAAGAGGUAGAGAUGAGGUUUAAACAGAAGACUGAAUAAUUGCAGAACUCUCAUCCUCUCAGGCCAAAAUACCUUUUGGGAAAAAAUUUCAAGUAAUGUCCAAGCUCAUAAUAAAGGGUGAAUGGAACAUUCUUUGAUUGACUUAAGCCAAGGAUGUUGAGCAUCCUGAAGUUACUGGCCUGCUAGCACAAGACUCGGGUUAUAACAUAUAUAUUACCCAGUAAGUCCUUUUGCUCUAAUUGCAGCUUUUCGUUUAUUUGCAUUGCUCUUCUGUGGAUCUAUCCCAGGAGUUUUGCUUUUUGUCUCAUUUUAGGUCAUCCUUCCCUUUCUGUGCCUGGUUGCUGUAGAUUGCCAGUACAACUAAGAAGCAGCCUUCUUUGUUUCAAUAUUCUCUGUCCAGUGGAGUCUUUGGUCCAGUGGAGUCCCAUUCUGGAUUUCUGAAUGCACCCACUGGGCCUGUGUAAUAACAAUGACGAAGAGGACUUGUAUGAAUAUGGCUGGGUAGGAGUGGUGAAGCUGGAACAGCCAGAAUUGGACCCGAAGCCAUGCCUUACUGUCCUGGGCAAGGCCAAGCGAGCAGUGCAGCGGGGAGCCACUGCAGUCAUCUUUGAUGUGUCUGAAAACCCAGAAGCUAUCGACCAGCUAAACCAAGGCUCAGAAGACCCACUCAAGAGGCCAGUGGUAUAUGUGAAGGGCGCAGAUGCCAUCAAACUGAUGAAUAUCGUCAACAAGCAGAAAGUGGCCCGAGCAAGGAUUCAGCACCGCCCUCCCCGACAACCCACUGAAUACUUUGACAUGGGGAUUUUCCUGGCUUUCUUUGUCGUGGUCUCCUUGGUGUGCCUCAUCCUCCUUGUCAAAAUCAAGCUGAAGCAACGACGCAGUCAGAAUUCCAUGAACAGACUGGCCGUGCAGGCUCUAGAGAAGAUGGAAACCAGAAAGUUCAACUCCAAGAGCAAGGGGCGCCGGGACGGGAGCUGUGGAGCCCUGGAUACACUCAGUAGCAGCUCCACAUCCGACUGUGCCAUCUGCCUUGAGAAGUACAUCGACGGAGAGGAGCUUCGGGUUAUCCCCUGUACUCACCGCUUUCAUAGGAAGUGCGUGGAUCCUUGGCUUCUGCAGCACCACACCUGCCCCCACUGUCGCCACAACAUCAUAGAGCAAAAGGGAAACCCAAGCACCGUUUGUGUGGAGACCGGCAACCUGGCACGUGGCCGGCAGCAGAGAGUGAUUUUGCCGGUACACUACCCUGGCCGCGUGCACAGGACCAAUGCUAUCCCAGCCUACCCAACGAGAACAAGCAUGGAUUCCCAUGGUAACCCUGUCACGCUGCUGACUGUGGACCAUCAUGGGGAGCAGAGCCUCUAUUCGCCUCAGACCCCCGCGUACAUCCGCGGCUACCCACCCCUCCACCUGGACCACACCUUGGCCCCUCACCGCUGUGGUCUGGAGCACCGGGCCUACUCACCAGCCCACCCCUUCCGCAGGCCCAAGUUCAGUGGCCGCAACUUCUCCAAGGCAGCUUGCUUCUCCCAGUACGAGACCAUGUACCAACACUACUACUUCCAGGGCCUCAGCUACCCCGAGCAGGAGAGUCCAGCCCCACCCAGCCUUGCUCCCAGGGGCCAGUCCCGUGCCUUUCCCCCAAAUGGCAGCGGUAGCCUGCUCUUCCCCACCAUGGUGCACAUGGCCCCACCCUCCCACCUGGAGAGUGGCAGCACAUCCAGCUUCAGCUGCUACCAUGGCCAUCGCUCUGUGUGCAGUGGCUACCUGGCUGACUGCCCAGGCAGUGACAGCAGCAGCAGCAGCAGCUCUGGCCAGUGUCAUUGCUCCUCCAGUGACUCUGUGGUGGACUGCACUGAGGUCAGCAACCAGGGCGUGUAUGGGAGUUGCUCCACCUUCCGCAGCUCCCUUAGCAGCGACUAUGAUCCCUUCAUCUACCGCAGCCGGAGCCCCUGCCGUGCUAGUGACGUGGGGGGCUCAGGCAGCUCAAACCGGGGACCUAUCAUGCAUCUAGAGGGCUCCCCACCGCCUGAGGAGUUCCUGACAACCCACAGUCAAGGUGCUGGGCGGGGAGAACCUUGGCCUGGCCCUGCCUCUCCCUCUGGGGACCAGCUGUCCACCUGCAGCCUGGAAAUGAACUAUAGCAGCAACUCCUCCCUGGAGCACAGGGGGCCCAAUAGCUCUACCUCAGAAGUGGGGCUGGAGGCUUCUCCUGGGACCAUCCCAGACCUCAGGAGGACCUGGAAGGGGGCCCGUGAGGGGCCAUCAUGUGCCUGCUGCUGUGAGCCCCAGCCAUCUGCACUGGAGCCUGGCAGAGGAGCAGCUGGGGGCAGCACCUUGUUCCUGGGCACCCCCCUCUGUGAAGGCUGUGGCCCUACAGGUGGGGAAUCACAGCCUGGAAGCUCCCAGGGCCUGUAUAGCCUUCACCCAGACCAUUUGCCCAGGACAGAUGGGGUGAAAUAUGAGGGCCUGCCCUGCUGCUUCUAUGAAGAGAAGCAGGUGGCCCACACUGGUGGAGGAGGCAGUGGCUGCUACACUGAGGACUGCUCGGUGAGCGUGCAGUACACACUCAGCCAGGAGCCCUCGCCCAGCUGCCACCCAGGCGCCCGGGACCUGAGCCAACGCAUCCCCAUCAUUCCGGAGGAUGUGGACUGUGACUUAGGCCUGCCUUCGGACUGCCAAGGGACCCACAACAUUGGCCACUGGGGUGGGACACUGGGCAUAAAUGCCCUUUGGCCCCACAGGGGCCUGGGAGCUUCCCAGGAAGAAGAGCAGGUUCUGUGUUGCCCUGCCAGGGCUAGCUUCCCCAGUGCCCUCCAGGACACUCAGGAGUCCAGUGCCAUGGCUGCUGAAGCUACAGGACAGAAAUCUAACCCAGCUGACGGUGGCCCGGGAGCCUGAGCUCAGAAGGAAAUCUUAUGUGGAAAUGGGAACUAUACGGUGACUCCAAACUCUGACUUCCUUCAGAAAACAAAAAAUUUUUUUUAGCUUUGACAAACACAAAAGUGGUAAUAAAGAGAGCCCUCCUUCUCAACCCAAAAUGUGAGCCACUUGUGGCAAAACCAACCCUAUCCCAUUAACAACCAACAGACAAAAUUCUCAGUCUUUUGAUAACAUGUUACUCUUCUGUAUUGUACGUUUGUGUGCUUGGGGUUUCGAGGUGUGUGGGAUUGAGUUCUCUGCUUUGUUUUUUAAAAAUGUUAUAUGUAAAUGUAAAAAGUUAUUUAAAUAUAUAUUUUAAAGAACCCUAACCGCCAACUUUUGCUGAAAAAAAAAUCACUGCUGCAUUAAUUGAACCACAUCAUGUGUAGAUACUGUUGUCUCCCAGAAGGGAGCUCAGGCCUUUGAAAAGCUCAGGGCUACACCUGCCUUAGAAAAUGAACCAGAAACUUGAAGUAAAGCUAGUUGAUAUGGGUAUAAACUCUGAGGAACAAUGCAAUGCUGCCUCUUUCUUUCUUGUAGCAAAUCCCAAUGAAACAAAAUUUCAGGCCUUGUCAGAAGUUAAGAGUCUCCAGUCCACACCUUUAGACAGCUGAAGAAAAACAUCUAAGAAUAGGGCAGAAGGUCCGCAGCACUGAGGAGCCUGAACAAGCCCUGGCUACAUAAACAGCAGAGUGACAGGCAUGAUUCUGUCCAGCGUCCUCAGUCUGUCCCCUCAGGUCACUGUCCUAAGUAAAAGGACGGAGUUCUCAACCCUGAUCUUGGACAUCUUCCACUGACUGCAGAAAUGGUUCCACAGGGUGUUUGGCAAACACCCAAGAGGAAUGUAGUUUUUGCAGCCUUUGUGUCUGAUGGGACUGGGGGAGAGUGCUCUUGUUAAUCCAGAGCAGAGACAUAGUGGGCAGAGCUGUGGGCACUUGUUUCUGUGGGUCCUUGGGCUGCUUUCCUGGGGUGAUAAGGCCGUGACCCCACUGUUUCUGCUCCAAGCUUCCUUUGAAUAUGGUAUGUUUCCCAUCCAUUUCCCUAAGGAAACACAGCUUCAGGGUUAUUCAGCUCUGCCUCCUAGCUGAAACGGCUCAUCUCACCUGCAAAUGUCUACUAUCCUUUCUACCUAAUGCACUAUUAUGUAUUGAUUCUCCAUGAGACAAAGAGAAAGAGACUAUCAGAUAGUUUAGACUCAAAGGGUAGGUUUUUAUAUAUUUUUCCAGUGUUUCCCCUCCCCCCAUUUUAGGUGAGAAAAUUUAAAAACAAACCAUUUUCUUUUUAAAAGAUACUUCAAUGUUUUGAAGGAGAAAGAAUCUAUUUAAAGCUAUUUCAGAUCAGGGAUUGUCAUCCUUUUUGUCCAAUAUAUUUCUUGUUCUUAUAAAAAAAUUUUAGAAGAAAUUAAUCACAUUAGCUCUUGCAUUCACUAACUCUUCAGGUCACUUUUAUUUAUUCAUUUAUUCCAGCAGAUAUUUGUUGCCAUCUGAAAUGCUCACGUGCAGAAUGGGAACUUUGCAACCUGGCCCCAGUAGGUGGGAAAUUCAAGACCACCCUGGGUUGCCAGGUGCCCGGGCAACUGUGAUGACAGCUUUCUAGUCGGAAUCAGAGGAAUCAGCCCAGGUUUUGAAUGAGAAUUUCACCAGAAUCCUUUUUUCUCAAAAACCCAGUCUAUGAUGAGGAAAUUCUUACUCCUAGCCAGCAUUUGACAGAAAUUCCUACGUCAAAUAAUUGAGCCACUUGCCAUUUUAGAACUCAUCAUGGUGAGCAUGUUCCUCUGAGGUGCUGUCCCUGUGGGCUGCUCCCCCCAGGCCUGUGCCCAGCACACCUGUUGGCGAGGGUGUGAGAAGCGCCUAAGCUGUUGACAUGUGAUCUGGACCGCCUUUAUUUCUUGGGCCAGGAGUAGCAGCUGCUGAGGACGACAGCUUGUAUUACGUGAUUUAGGGAAGGGGGGGGGAAUAGGGCGUGGCUUUUAACAUGAACUGCAAAAAGGAGCUUCUCAUUGUUGAGAUUUUUUUUUGUUUGUGGAGUUUUUUUGUUUUGUUUUUUGUUUUUUAAUGCCUUUGAGUGCAUAUUAUCUUCCUUGUCUGAAACCAUACCCCUAAAGUGGCUUUCUUCAGUCCUGGCAGGAAAACCACUCUUAACUAGCCUUAAGCAAUAGAGAAUGUGGCUUCAACUUGGCUUAUAAAAAUAAAUGUGCCCAAUUUUCAUCUGAAAGAGCAAUAACUGAGCAUAACAACAAAAGCACACUUAAUUUUUGUAGUUUGUAAGAUGGUAGGAACAAAAAUGAAAUUUUUUGAUUAACAGCCGUUAUUUUAAGUUUGUAUUUGCUCAUCAGAUUGGGGGAAGGAGGGAAACCAAAAUAUAGUAAUCAGUUCUAUUCUCACCAUUGAAUCAAGAGAAAUGCUUUUGAAGAUGUGACUCCAGUAAUGAUUAGUACCUUUUUUGUGGCCUCUCGGUGUGGGGAUUCUAUAGCUGUAGAAGCCAGGAGUAUCGCAUUUUCCAUUGAGAACCACCCUCCAAAUCAAGAGUAUAACUGUUAGGCGUGGUCUCGUGGCCUAACCCAGGGUGUUGGAUAUCCAUGUGAUCUGAAGAGUGCUAGAACCAGUUGAAGAAUGGGGAGUUGGAGUGCUGAUCAACAAGGUACCUCUUUGUAGACAUAGCCCCAGUGAGCUGGCUUUAACUCUGUCUCUUCCCCCUCUCCUCUGAAGCCCAGCCAUUUUAUAAAGCCCCAUCUGCUGUCCCUCUAUUCAGACCCUCCCUUACGUGCUGCUAGUUUCUACUCAAAAGUUCACACAGGACUAAUGCUUUUAAAAUGAGGUUGAAAAAAAUAAUUACUAAUCAAGAGUAUUAUUUUCUAAACAGAACUGCCUUUUUCUAUUCAUUAUAUAUAAACUAUUGUGUUGGUCUAACAAGGCACUAUUUUAAAAUGUUUUCUAAGAUUUUCUCCCAUAGCACUUAAAAGAUAUUUUGUAUAGACUUUGCUGUAAAGAUUUUGUAAUAAAAUAAUCUAAGGGCUCCUUCACCAACAUUACCAUUUUUAAAAAAUGUUUUAAAGGCUAGAAAACAACUUAUGUAUAUUCUGUAUAUGUAUAGCAGCACAUUUCAUUUAUGGAAAUAUGUUCUCAGAAUAUUUAUUUACUAAUAUAUUUAUCUUAAGCCAUGUCUUAUGUUGAGAGUGUGACAUUGUUGGAGUAAUCAUUGAAAAUGACUAACAUGAGGCCCUGUAAAUACAUGAUAAUUGCACACAGAUUUUACGUAUUUGCUGACCAAAAAUGAUUUUAAAACGAGUUGUAGUCUUCUAUGGUUUUGUAACAAACUGUACAAAUGACUGUAAAAAAAAUACAAUUUUAUCAAGUAUGUGUUAUAUGUUGUCAUUACUCUUUUUGGUAAAGGUCUAAAAGAUUGCGCAAAGCAGAGGUCUGCGUAAAGGCAGUGCCUUUAACUUCAGCCCGCUCACGGGCGCAUCCCUCUGUUUUCCUCACCUGUUAACAUAGAGUUCAGGUUAUUGGGGAUUUAGUUGUGCCAUGGGAUAGCAUUAAGUAGUGUGAGGGAGGAUGUCCCUGAGGCAGAGGUAGUUUUUCUACUCAGUCCUAGGUAGAGGGAAGGAGGGAAAUGGUCAUUCAGGAAUCUAGUUUGCCUUUUAAAAUCAGAGCAUGUACAUAGGCUGGAUAUAAACUAUUGACUUCAUCUGCCAGCCUUUUCCUACCUGGAAAAUGGAGAGGCCCUCAAACCCAUGUAAGGAAAAGGGGCUUGUAAGGAAAAAGGUCCAAGCAUCUAGUCCUGGAAAUGACCUAAUCGUGGGGUGAAAGGGGCCCACAGUCUCUCUGGCCAUCGGUUUUAUGUCCGUAGGAAGGUAGUUACUAAUUUGCAAAGCACUCAGAUUACACGGAAGGUGAAAAGUGAUGUUUAUUUCUCAGACAUCCAGCAGAGAAUAACGUAGUGCUGUGAGUUCCUAUUCUAUUUCUCGCUCUGUAACUUGGGCCCUUUUUUGAGCACGGGCUCCUCGUGGACCUCCAGCCGCUUCUUACCUGACAACAGGUGCUUUUGAAGAUCAGGAGGAGCAGCCUGCCUGCAUAGAGCCUCCCAGAGCUUUUGUUUAAUAGUCUUGCCCAGCUCCAAACUGUACCUCUUGGGGGUUCCUGAAGGAUUCCACAGCAUCGGCUCAACCACAGCGUGGUACAGAGCCUGGUAACCGGCUGUGGGGAGGCCGUGAAUGGUUAGCGUAUCCGACAACUGUAUCUUUCUGGUUUCAGGAAGCAACACUAGGCCCUUCCAGGCUGCUGUCCCAGUGUCCCGGGGUGGCACUUGGGUAGCUGCCACAGGUUCAGCAUAUCUGUUCUUAAGAUCUUGGCGGACUGUUACUUUUUUCUCCUUUGAACUUUCUUUACUCUAGCCAGGAAGAAAGCAGAAAAGUCAAAGCUAAGACUUGAGAAGGGAGCUCAUAAUGAUUAUCUGGGAUUUGUGUUCCAGAGUCUUGGUUACAGCAACAACUAACAUUUGUCUAGCAUGUUCUAGCUGACUGAACUCCUUCAUGUAUACCACUGUGAGUUCCCCGUACUCCUCUAAAGUCAACUGGAGACUGCUUUAAGGGCUAGGAAAUUGAAGUUGGUUUGCCCAAGGCCACUUGACUAGAAGAUUAAUAACCACAAUGAUCAUCUACUGAAACCCCAUAGGAUCCUAAGC